GGAAGCCGCCGUUGGUAUUAUUAAGUAUUGAACAGCAGUGCAGUGAGGACGUACAGUUACCCGUCUCUAGAUAUCUUGACUGAGGCCGGGAGAUUGUACUUCAGAAAUGAUAAUACUUCGAGCAUUUUGCUGGACCCUCCUGCUCGUAAUGGUGGCGAGCAGCGAGGAGCCCAACGCAGAGAAGAGCCCAGAUGUCAGUCCUGAUACCACCGCCGAGGUGGAGUCUCCGGACGUCCCGCAGAAGGAACAGCCCAUCGCCCAGGAGAGAUCCAACGCUGCCCACCUCAACAACGCCGGCAUCCCAGAGGACCAGAUCGCCCUGGAAUCAGUGGACAGAGACUCCGGGGGCCUAUCUACAGGUUACGGCCCUCCGCCACCACCGCUACACCCAAAAGCUAUUCCAGUGCCUUUCCCGGUGCCAGUUCAACCCGGGUCUAUCGUGAUACCUGUGCACCCACAGCCAGCUCCUCCCGGUCCUGGUUACAAGCCUCCCCCACCUAAGAAGGGUAUUGGUUUCCGCCCACCCCCUCCUCCUGCAGGAAGUUACGGUCCUCCCAUACAAGCUAAACAGCCUCCUGCCCCAGUUUUCAAGAGACCCCCAACUCCAAUAAAGAACUAUGGACCUCCUCCUAGUUAUCCACCUCCUCCUCCUCCCCCACCACCCACACCUCCCAAGCACUCCUACUCUGCCCCUCCUCCUGGACCUUCUUACUCUGCUCCUCCUCCUCCUCCAAGUCCCUCUUAUUCAGCUCCCCCUCCAGCCCCCUCCUAUGUAGCUCCUCCUCCAGCCCCCUCCUAUGUAGCUCCUCCUCCAGGCCCUGCUUACUCAGCUCCUCCUCCAAGCCCCGUUUUCUCAGCUCCUCCUCCAAGCCCCGUUUUCUCAGCUCCUCCUCCUGGUCCUACUUAUUCAGCUCCUCCACCAGGCCCUCUUCCCUCUGUUCCAGUACCAGCACCUGGCACAGGCUACGGUGCACCAAAACCUGUAGAUGUUUACACUAGUCCUGCUGAAACAGCUCCCAUUAUUGCUGGUCCCCCCGUCCAUUCUAAAGCCCCUAUUUUACCACCUGCACCUCUUCCUUUGCAAACUGAUCAUGUUGCAGUUCACGGAACUGUUCACUACGAAGGCAGGCAGCCAGUUCCUGCCCCAGCUCCCAUUCUGAAUAAUCCUGCACCUCUUCCACCACAGCCCACGUAUGUUCCCCCUGCUCCAGCCCCUAUCUCUGCUCCAGUCCAACCCAAACCACAAAUAUUGGCUGUUCCACCCAUAGCUCCAGUGCCUCAUCCCAUCCCUGAUGCUGAUGUGUCUGGUUCUGCCAAUUCUUAUGCCCCUCCAGAGUCACUUGCCCCAGCUGACCCGUGGCCAAAUGCUGUCCCAGUCAUGCCAAAGAUAACAGCACUUGAUGUCAAAUGCGAAAAGAAUCUCAUGAAAGUCAACAUUGCGUUUGACAAACCAUUCUAUGGUAUAGUCUUUAGUAAGGGACAUUACAGUAACGUUGAUUGCGUACACCUUCCAGCAGGCUUAGGUCGCACCCAGGCUACAUUUGACAUAUCAAUUAACGCCUGUGGCACAACUGGAAACACCGAAAAUGGUCUCUAUGGUUAUGGAAGCCAAAGUGGAUCAGGCACUUACUUCGAAAACACGAUUGUGAUCCAGUAUGAUCCUCAAGUACAAGAAGUAUGGGAUCAAGCUCGCAAGCUCCGAUGCACAUGGCAUGAUCAGUAUGAAAAAUCUGUAACAUUCCGACCUUUCCCUGUAGACAUGUUAGAUGUGGUGAGAGCUGAUUUUGCUGGCGAUAAUGUUGGAUGCUGGAUGCAAAUACAAGUAGGCAAAGGUCCAUGGGCUUCAGAGGUAUCUGGUUUGGUUAAAAUUGGUCAGACUAUGACGAUGGUUCUAGCCAUUAAAGAUGACGAUAACAAGUUUGACAUGUUGAUUCGAAACUGCAUGGCCCAUGAUGGUAAGAAAGCACCAAUUCAGCUGGUUGAUCAGCGAGGAUGCGUAACAAGGCCUAAACUCAUGUCGAAGUUCACAAAGAUUAAGAACUUUGGAGCGUCAGCUUCCGUUCUGUCAUACGCACACUUCCAGGCAUUCAAGUUCCCAGAUUCUAUGGAGGUUCACUUCCAGUGCACUAUUCAGAUUUGCAGAUAUCAGUGCCCAGCUCAGUGUAGUGAUGAGACUAUUGGAGGUGGUUAUGAAGCUCCAGUAUCGCUUGGCCGAGCCAAACGUGAAGUAGAAGAGACAGAAGAUGGUAAGCAGAAAGACAUUGGCGUGAAUCGCGUCAUCCAAGUAGUGUCUGCCCGCGAUCUGACAUUUGUUUUAGAGAAGAAAGGAGGAGAAACUGAUACCGAGGAAUUAAGAGAAGCCAGUACUGCAACUCUCGUCGCUCCUUUGCUUGAAGACCAAAGUGGCCUCAUCUGCAUGUCGACACCUGGUUUUGCUGCCACUCUCGUUGUACUAUUAGCAAUACUCAUCGUUUCUUGCCUUCUCUCAGCUUUCUUGUGUCUGCGGUUUAGAAGUCACGGUGAUACACGUUCAAUCAUUUCCUCUUAUGAUAAUCCAGCAUUUCUUCAUAAGAAGACGCAUUUCUAAACUUAUAGUCACAAGUAUUCAAUCUCACUUUUAAAGAUGAUGAUGACUUGGCUCUUUUAUCUAGCAGCCAUUGCAUCCUUCUUUUAUUUUCAGAAUGCACACUUAUUCAUUUAAGCAGCUGGUAAAGUCCAAAUCUUCACUUACAUUAUGCCAAAUUUUGAAGCUGAUUACUAUUGCUCUCUCGAAAAGAGGUUGUCAAUCAUUUCACAAUAGCUUUAGCUCCACGAAAGGAGAACCCUCUCAGAAGGUGGUCAUCUUCAGUUGUAGUUGCGUGGUCAUCACCUACAAGCCACAGUGCCAACAGUGGGCUGUGGCAGGGCAUUUAGGCACCGGAAAGUCACACUAUAUCGGGUGGUGCCAGGGGAGAUCUUGAAACGCCCUCGGUCAGCCGUUGAGGACUAAGCUUCUAAAGGGUCGACUAGAGAGGUCGUGGUUGUUAUUCACAGUGGCUCGGUUCUCCUGUUCUUCGUCUCUGAACCUUUGCCUCCUCUUCUGAUUUAUUGUUCUUGUUAUUUGGUGUCACUCUUCAUAGUUUAUGUUUUUAUUGACAUAUCAAGAGUACCUCAUUAUAUGAGAGUAUGUGCUAGCUCUCAGCCGCGGGCGGAUGAGGGCCAGAAAAUAUAUGGUUUUCCUGUCCAGUUGAAUUCAUCAUUGACAGCACUGUGGCGCAAAACAAGAUUUGACUUUGCUGUGUGGUGUGCUGGGUCUGUGUGUUGGGUCUACGUGGGUUUGUCCUUCCUGAAAAUCACGCUCUUUGAGAAAACAAAAGGAACUUUGCACCCCAUUUUAUCAUUGAAAUCUUUUUUCCUGCACUUCUUGACUUAGAGAGUUGCCAUAAUGCAAUUUAAGUUUAGUAGUAGUCAUUUAUGAUGAGGCUCAAUUAUCAUUACAGUUAUCAUUAUCAUAAGUAUCCAUGAUCAUAGGACGCAGCUGCUUAAGAAGGCCAAAUUUUGGAAGUGGACCUACGGUGAGAGAUCCACAGAAGACAAAAUAUGACAGUAUUCAACUUUCCCAGUGCGUAGUUUCACAUCAAACAGUCUUUGUGUCGUAAACCUUCCUUCAGGAGUCAUUCUAAGCUACAGAAAAUGGCAGAUUUCGGAAAGUUUUCUAUUUUGGAUCAAGAAAGGCUCUUGCUACCUCUGUCAGUCAAAGAGAGUUGAUCCUCCUCCAUCCACACUGGGAAUACGGUCCUUUUCGCCGUGGUUUCUGCCUGAUGCUAUUCGCGGGUGGAGAAAACAAUCGAAUUUGGAGAACCAUUGAUGAUGGAUCUUGAGAGUUAAUCCGCUGGGAACCGUCUAAUGAGUAGUGUAAGUUAAUUUAUUGAGCUAUUUAUUAAGAAAGGAUAGAAUCGUCUCUGUUGUUGUACAUAGAAACUCACCUGUCAUGGGAAAUAUGUGCAGAUGGUCUAAUUGUCUUGUUAAUCACUGGAAUACUUUAGUAAAAAAAGCAAUAAAAAACUAAUCGUCCUAGAGAGCAAAGAUGAAAGAAGCUUCUCUGAAAUCAGUCGUUUUUAA